GAACUAACACCCUCCUCCUCUUCACACAGGCACCUUGGCCGGCCUGCCCCUCCAGCCUGUCAAAGCUCGGAAUAACCCCGAGAACCAGACAGCAGGAUGGCAGGGGCUCUGCUCAGCGCCCUGCUUCUCUUGGCAUUUCUUGGCAGGGGCCAGAGCAAGAACGAUGAACUGAACCUGUAUCACCAUCUCUUCGACAAUUAUGACCCAGGAUCCCGGCCAGUUAGAAGGCCUGAGGACACUGUUACCGUCACCCUCAAGGUCACCCUAACCAACCUCAUCUCACUGAAUGAGAAGGAGGAGACCCUGACCACCAACGUCUGGAUCGGAAUUGACUGGCUGGACUACCGGCUCAACUUCAGCAAGGCCGAUUUUGCAGGCAUAGAAACCCUGCGGGUCCCUUCAGAAUUUGUAUGGCUGCCCGAGAUUGUUCUGGAAAACAAUAUCGAUGGGCAGUUUGAAGUGGCCUACGCCUGCAAUGUUCUGGUCUACGAGGGAGGCCUCGUGAGCUGGUUGCCCCCGGCCAUCUACCGCAGCACCUGCGCAGUGGAGGUCACCUACUUCCCCUUCGACUGGCAGAACUGCUCUCUCAUUUUUCGCUCCCAGGCCUACAGUGCUGAAGAGGUGGAGUUCGUCUUUGCAGUGGAUGACAACGGCAAGACCAUCGACAACAUUGACAUCGACACGGAAGCUUUUACUGAGAAUGGAGAAUGGGCCAUCGACUACUGCCCAGGCAUGAUUCGCCACUAUGACGGAGGCCCUGCAGGAGUCCCUGGAGAAACUGACGUCAUCUACACGCUCAUCAUCCGCCGGAAGCCGCUUUUUUACGUCAUUAACAUCAUCGUACCUUGUGUACUCAUUUCUGGCUUGGUGCUGCUCGCUUACUUCCUGCCUGCUCAGGCCGGUGGCCAGAAAUGCACGGUCUCAAUCAACGUCCUGCUAGCCCAGACUGUCUUCUUGUUCCUAAUUGCCCAGAAAAUUCCAGAGACAUCUCUGAGCGUGCCACUACUGGGCAGGUAUCUUAUUUUCGUCAUGGUGGUUGCCACGCUCAUUGUUAUGAAUUGCGUCAUCGUGCUCAACGUGUCUUUGCGGACGCCGACCACACACGCCACAUCCCCUCGGCUGCGCCAAAUUUUAUUGGAGCUACUGCCACGCCUCCUGGGCUCGAGCUCCCCCCCAGAGGCUCCCCGAGCUGCCCCACCCGCGAGGCGAGCCUCGUCUGUGGGCAUUCUGCUCCGAGCAGAGGAGCUCAUCCUGAAAAAGCCGCGGAGCGAGCUUGUAUUUGAGGGGCAGAGAUACCGGCAUGGAACGUGGACCGCGGCCCUCUGUCAGAACCUGGGUGCUGCAGCCCCUGAAAUCCGCUGUUGUGUGGAUGCUGUGAACUUUGUGGCUGAGAGCACACGAGACCAGGAAGCCAAUGGAGAGGAAGUGUCCGACUGGGUGCGCAUGGGGAAGGCCCUCGACAACGUCUGCUUUUGGGCAGCCCUGGUGCUCUUCAGCGUCGGUUCCUGCCUCAUCUUCCUUGGGGGUUACUUCAACCAAGUUCCUGAUCUCCCCUAUCCACCGUGUAUCCAACCAUGAGCCUGCGCCAGCACCCACUUCACCCCCCCCCCCCUGCAAGAAGUCCAUUUGGAGAACAGGCUGAUAAUAAAUGUUUUGUGAACUUCCA